AUGAAGAGGAGAAUCCAAGUGAAGACCAAGGACGCUAUGUGUAUUCUCCCAGUGGGCUCCAAGGUCCUUAACCUCCUAGGCUGGCACGCCCUCGCUCUGUGGUGGCAAGAUGUGUACUGGGCCCUGAACACAGAGGAUGACCUACAACCUCACCUCACACAGAAAGCACCGCAGACCUCACCCCCCAGACCUCACCCCCCAGACCUCACCCCCAGACCUCACCCCUCCAGACCUCACCCCCAGACCUCACCCCUCCAGACCUCACCCCUCCAGACCUCACCCCCAGACCUCACCCCUCCAGACCUCACCCCCAGACCUCACCCCCCAGACCUCACCCCCCAGACCUCACCCCACCAGACCUCACCCCCAGACCUCACCCCCCAGACCUCACCCCCCAGACCUCACCCCCCAGACCUCACCCCUCCAGACCUCACCCCCCAGACCUCACCCCCCAGACCUCACCCCCCAGACCUCACCCCCAGACCUCACCCCUCCAGACCUCACCCCCAGACCUCACCCCUCCAGACCUCACCCCUCCAGACCUCACCCCCAGACCUCACCCCUCCAGACCUCACCCCCAGACCUCACCCCCCAGACCUCACCCCCCAGACCUCACCCCUCCAGACCUCACCCCCAGACCUCACCCCUCCAGACCUCACCCCCAGACCUCACCCCCCAGACCUCACCCCACAGACCUCACCCCCCAGACCUCACCCCACAGACCUCACCCCCCAGACCUCACCCCUCCAGACAUCACCCCCCAGACCUCACCCCCCAGACCUCACCUCCCAGACCUCACCCCCCAGACCUCACCCCUCCAGACAGGAAUUGGAUUAG